UUUCUUUUGAUGUUUCAGAGAUGAAGUAUUAGAAUGGCAUAAAAUAUGGCCCAGUUCUACUACAAAAGAAGUGUCAAUGCUCCCUACAGAGAUCGUAUCCCUCUUCGCAUUGUACGAGCAGAGUCUGAACUGUCCCAUUCAGAGAAAGCCUAUCUGAAUGCUGUGGAGAAAGGAGAUUAUGCCACUGUGAAGAAAGCCUUGGAAGAAGCAGAAAUUUAUUUCAAGAUCAAUAUUAACUGCAUUGAUCCCCUGGGAAGAACUGCACUCCUUAUUGCAAUUGAAAAUGAGAACCUUGAGCUCAUUGAGCUGCUCUUAAGUUUUAAUGUAUAUGUGGGAGAUGCUCUUUUGCAUGCCAUAAGGAAGGAGGUGGUUGGUGCUGUGGAACUGCUGCUAAACCACAAGAAGCCCAGUGGGGAGAAACAGGUCCCACCAAUACUUCUGGACAAGCAGUUUUCAGAAUUCACACCAGAUAUCACACCCAUUAUUCUGGCUGCUCACACCAACAACUAUGAAAUCAUCAAACUCCUCGUGCAGAAGGGGGUCUCUGUGCCCAGGCCACACGAGGUCCGCUGUAACUGCGUUGAGUGUGUCUCGAGUUCGGAUGUGGACAGCCUUCGGCACUCUCGAUCUAGGCUCAAUAUCUACAAGGCUCUGGCGAGCCCAUCUUUGAUUGCUCUGUCCAGUGAGGAUCCUUUCCUUACUGCUUUUCAGCUAAGCUGGGAGCUGCAGGAACUGAGUAAAGUUGAAAAUGAAUUUAAGUCAGAAUACGAGGAACUGUCGCGGCAGUGCAAGCAAUUUGCAAAAGAUCUUCUGGAUCAGACACGGAGUUCCAGGGAAUUGGAAAUUAUUCUUAAUUACAGAGACGAUAAUAGCUUGAUAGAAGAACAAAGUGGCAAUGAUCUUGCAAGAUUGAAACUGGCAAUUAAGUACCGUCAAAAAGAGUUUGUUGCCCAGCCCAACUGCCAGCAGCUGCUUGCAUCCCGCUGGUAUGACGAGUUCCCUGGAUGGAGGAGGCGACACUGGGCUGUGAAGAUGUUGACAUGCGUUGUCAUAGGACUCCUUUUCCCAGUCUUCUCUGUGUGCUACUUGAUAGCUCCCAAAAGCCCCUUAGGGCUUUUCAUCAGAAAGCCAUUUAUCAAGUUUAUCUGCCAUACCGCAUCCUACUUGACUUUUCUGUUCCUGCUGUUGCUUGCAUCUCAACACAUUGACAGGUCAGACGUGAGCAUGCAGGGACCACCUCCAACCAUCGUCGAGUGGAUGAUAUUACCGUGGGUCCUGGGCUUUAUCUGGGGUGAAAUUAAACAGAUGUGGGAUGGUGGACUACAGGACUACAUUCAUGAUUGGUGGAACCUCAUGGAUUUUGUAAUGAACUCCUUGUACUUAGCAACAAUCUCUUUGAAAAUUGUUGCAUUUUCAAAGUAUAGCGGGUUGGUUCCACGACAGAGCUGGGAUAUGUGGCAUCCAACCCUGGUGGCUGAGGCACUGUUUGCAAUUGCAAACAUCUUUAGCUCCUUACGCUUGAUCUCAUUAUUCACUGCAAAUUCUCACCUGGGACCUCUGCAGAUAUCUCUAGGAAGAAUGCUGCUGGACAUUUUGAAAUUUCUCUUCAUAUACUGCCUUGUGCUGCUAGCAUUUGCAAAUGGAUUGAACCAGCUGUACUUCUACUAUGAGACACAAGAAACCAAGUGCAAAGGGAUACGAUGUGCAGAGCAGAAUAAUGCAUUUUCAACAUUAUUUGAAACGCUGCAGUCAUUAUUCUGGUCAAUAUUUGGACUCAUCAAUCUAUAUGUGACCAAUGUGCAACCAAAGCAUGAAUUUACUGAAUUUGUUGGGGCCACCAUGUUUGGUACCUAUAAUGUAAUCUCUCUGGUUGUUCUACUCAACAUGCUAAUAGCCAUGAUGAAUAAUUCUUACCAGCUUAUUGCUGAUCAUGCAGACAUUGAGUGGAAGUUUGCUCGGACAAAACUCUGGAUGAGUUACUUUGAAGAGGGAGGGACUCUACCCACUCCUUUCAAUGUCAUUCCAAGCCCUAAGUCCCUCUGGUAUUUGAUUAGGUGGUUAUGGAGACACCUGUGCAAGAAAAAAAUUAGAAGAAAACCUGAAAGUUUUGGAACAAUAGGGAGACGCGCAGCUGACAAUCUGAGAAGACAUCAUCAGUACCAGGAAGUUAUGAGAAAUCUGGUUAAGAGGUACGUUGCAGCAAUGAUUAGAGAUGCCAAAACUGAGGAAGGGCUAACAGAAGAAAAUUUUAAGGAGUUAAAACAAGACAUUUCCAGCUUCCGUUUUGAAGUCCUGGGUUUGCUAAAAGGAAGCAAGCUUUCUAAUGUGCAGACUCCAAAAAUGAAUAAAGAUGCUGCCUCUUUGUCAGAAACUGAAGAAAAGAAUGAGAGUGAAGGAAACAAGAAAGGAAAGAAGAAGGCAUUCAGCCUUUUUGAUAUUACAACAAUGAUUCACCCACGAUCAGCCACAAUUGCCUCUGAAGCACAUAACGUAAGCAAUGGCUCAGCAAUGUUGGUGUCAGAGUCCAUUAAGGAGAAACAGAAGCGUGUGAAUUUUGUAACAGAUAUAAAAAAUUUUGGGUUAUUUCACAGACGAUCAAAAACAAACUCUGUGGAGCAGAGUACAAAUAAAAUAUACACUGUUUCUGAAGAAGUUUCCCGUCAACAGGCAGAAGAACAAUGUGAGACAAAUGAUGAACUGGAAGAAGGAGAACUGACUAUGAACUGUGAAGUAGACACCCAAAGUCCUGAUGAAAAGUGCAUGGUAGCUGAGUUGCAAAAUGACAGCAACACUUUGGAUUCACAGGAUGAAGGAAGUAUUUGUGCUUUAGAAGCAGAGAAAAUGGAGUUACAGAACUCAGAAUCAUCCACACCACAGGAUCAGCUGGACAAGGAAUCAGACAUUGGCACUAACUGUGAUGGUAAACAGGAAACCAUUGAGCAGGGUGACUAUGUGAUAACCAGGUUGUGAUGCUUACAGGAAGAAGCAUUUACAAAUAUAUAUAUUUUGCAUAGUGCUUUUGGGGGGGAAUGUUUUAAGAACAUAUUAGCAAAUGCAGAAUUACACUUUAUAGUACUCAACUGUGGCACAUGAUCUUGUAACACAGUAAAUGAGAGAAAGAUAAUAAAGGGACCUUCUGUUUUGUAGCCUGCUUUAGCUUUCACAAUUUGUUUUACAUUUUUUAAUAAAUGGAAGCAUCUUGUAUUCUUGUACUGUUGCAAUAACCCACAGAAACUUUUUAGCUAUCUUUUUCAAUUUCAACAAAAGCAAUUUCUCUCAUAUGAUAGUUGACUCCUACGAUAAAUAUUUUUCUAUGCAAAUAAAAAGUAGCUUCAGAGACUUGUAAGCCUUUAUUUAACUUUGUAGGUUCUUAAAAAUUCUGGGCAACAUAAUAAUCGUAAGUGGUUCCUGUC